CCAGACAACAUUCAGGCAGCAGCAGUCAAUCUGUUUUAUCUUGCUAACCUGAUGCACGACAUCACAUACCAGUAUGGUUUCAACGAGGCUGCAGGUAAUUUCCAAAAGGACAACUUUGGAAAAGGUGGUGAGGGUAACGAUCCAGUCAACAUCGAUAUUCUAAACACUUCAGGCACCAACAAUGCCAUCUUCUUUUCUCCUGCUGAUGGUCAACCUGGCACAAUGAGAAUGUUCCGAUUUACCUAUACCAAGCCCAACCGUAACGGUGCUUUUGACAACCAAGUUCCUUUGCACGAGUAUGGACACGGUGUUUCAGGUCGUUUGACUGGUGGAGCAGCAGCAUCCAAUUGUCUGGUUGGAGGUGAAGCUGGCGGUAUGAACGAAGGCUGGUCCGACAUGUUCUACAUGAUCGUAACUGCCACGCAAUCACAGAAUUCCAAAACACCGAUUCACUUUGGUAGCUAUGCUAUCAACAAUGCCAAUGGUGCUCGUUCCCAUCCUUAUACUACUGACAUGAAAGUCAAUCCUUUGACUUAUUCCGAUCUCAAGACCCGCCAAGAAGUUCAUGCUGCUGGUGAAGUGUGGGUUUCUAUGCUUUGGGAAGUCUACUGGAACUUGGUCACCAAGAACGGAUUCUCCACCAAUCUCUACGAUGCCAAGGGCAAGUCUGGUAACAUUAUUGCCAUGCAGAAUAUGAUUGGUGGAUUUAUGCUCCAGCCAUGCAAUCCCAGUCUCCUUGAUGCUCGUGAUGCCUAUAUUGCAUCUGAUGUUGCUCGCUACAAAGGUGCCAACAAAUGCGAGAUCUGGAAAGGAUUCGCCAAACGCGGUCUGGGAGUCAAGGCU